AAGCUUCCUGGUCGCCUAGCAACGUCCCAAUUCGGAGCGAUGGAGGCCAACAGCAGCAGGGAGCUCGAAGCCAGGAAUUAUUUGGAAAAACAUCGGAUUAUGGAGUUGCUGACCUCUCUCGCCAGCGCCCUCCUCUUUUUCCGGCCGGAAAAACCAAGAGAGUAUUUAAUAUCUAUAUUGGAACGGCUGAGAACUGCCAAAGUAUCAGGCAUGGCUUUCCCUUUCUUUAUGGAUAACUCUAACAUUGCAGCCAUGUUUCAGAUGCUGGACUCCUCGAAUAAAGGAUCCAUAUCAUUUAUACAGUAUAAAGAAGCCCUAAAAACCCUGGGUCUGUGUACUGCAGAUGAAGUUUUAAAAGAUGAUGGACAUGGAAUAACUUGUGAAAAAUUCAUGCGUGAAGUGAACAAGAGGACUCAGGAAAUAUGGUCAGCAUUUUAAUAACAUUCUUGAGAUGUAACUCAUGUACCAUACAAUUCACCCAUUUAAAGUAUACAGUUUGGGGACUUCCCUGGUGGAGCAGUGGAUGAGAAUCCACCUGCCAACGCAGGGGACACAGGUUCGAGCCCUGGUCCAGGAAGAUCCCACAUUACCGCGGAGCAACUAAGCCUGUGCGCCACAACUACUGAGCCUGAGCUCUAGAGCCCGCGAGCCACAACUGCUGAGCCCACGUGCCACAGCUACUGAAGCUGGCGUGCCUAGAGCUCAUGCUCUGCAACAACAGAAGCAACCGCAAUGAGAAGCCCCCGCUCGCCACAACUAGAGAGAGCCCGUGUGUAGCAGUGAAGA